AUUUCAUUUUAGUAACUAUGGUAAUAAUUUACUUAAACGAACUGUCAACUUCGUUUAUAACCAAGAUAUCUCGUUUCGAAUAUAAAUUGUAAUUUUUCUUGGAUUAUUCGUACUAAUUCCACCUCAAAAAUGGCUUUACACGUCCCCAAAGCACCGGGAUUCACUUCAAUGUUAAAAGAUGGAGCCCGGUAUUAUUCUGGAUUAGAAGAAGCUGUUUUUCGUAAUAUUACCGCAUGUAAAGAGUUCGCUCAUAGCGUACGUUCCACUUAUGGUCCAAAUGGUAUGAAUAAAAUGGUAAUAAAUCAUUUAGAGAAGCACUUUGUUACAUCGGAUGCAGCAACAAUUAUGCGCGAGCUUGAAAUUGAACACCCCGCCGCUAAAUUAAUGAUUCUUGGUAGUGAAAUGCAAGAUUCUGAAGUGGGUGAUGGUACCAAUUUUGUCGUUAUCUUGGCCGGUGCUCUUUUAGAAGCAGCCGAAGAAUUAUUGAGGUUAGGAGUAACACCGGGAGAGGUUGCCGAUGGUUAUGAGAAAGCUUUAGAAAAAUGUUUAGAAAUCCUCCCAUCAUUAGUUUGUCAGGAAAUUAAAGAUUAUCGUAACGUUGACGAUGUUAAAAAAGGAAUUUUAACUUCGAUCCAAUCAAAACAAUACGGAAAUGAAGAUUUUCUAGCUGAGUUAGUAGCAAAAGCCUGCGUGUCAAUAAUGCCCGAAAUAACAACAUUUAAUGUUGAUAAUAUCCGAGUUUGUAAAAUUCUUGGAUCUGGUUUGCAAUCGUCGAAAGUGAUUCAAGGAAUGGUUUUUAAACGAGAUGUUGAAGGUGAUAUCCAACAAAUGUUGAAUGCUAAAGUGGUUGUUUACAGUUGUGCUGUGGAUAUUCUACAAACGGAAACUAAAGGAACAGUAUUGAUUAAAAAUGCUGAUGAAUUAAUGAAUUUUAGUAGAGGAGAAGAAAAUCUUCUCGAAUUACAAAUUAAGGCUAUCGCCGAUGCUGGAGCCAAAGUUGUCGUUGCGGGGGCGAAGUUUGGUGAUAUGGCUUUACACUACAUUAAUAAAUAUAAAAUGAUGGCUGUACGGUUAAAUUCGAAAUUUGAUUUGAGAAGAUUAAGUAGAACUGUUGGGGCUACGGUUCUACCUCGAUUAACUCCUCCAAAUUCCGAAGAAAUGGGGCUUUGUGAUAAUGUAGCUGUUGAAGAGUUGGGUGACACAACAGUUGUUAUUUUUCGAAAUGAAGGGAAAGAGAGCCGAAUUGCUACCAUUGUCGUAAGAGGAGCUACUGAUAAUUACAUGGAUGAUAUUGAAAGAGCUAUUGAUGAUGGGGUUAAUACUUUUAAAGGAAUUUCUAGAGAUGGAAAAUUUGUAGCUGGAGCUGGAGCUUGUGAAAUUGAAUUAUCACAUCAAUUAUCUCAAUAUGCUGAUACUUUACCCGGUUUGGAUCAAUACGCUGUUAGGAAAUUUGCAACAGCUUUAGAAGCUUUUCCUAAAUCGUUGGCUGAUAAUAGUGGACAAAAAUCUACUUUGAUUUUAAGUAAACUUUUGGAAGCACAUCAGAAAGGGAAAAAGAAUGUGGGUGUUGAUAUUGAAUCUGAUAACGCGGUUUGUGAUGCAGUCGAAAAAGGGAUUUUGGAUCUAUAUGUUUGCAAAUAUUGGGGACUCAAAUACGCCGUUGGGGCCGCUUCCACCAUCUUAAGAGUUGACCAGAUUAUCGUGGCCAAACGAUCCGGCGGACCCAAACCAAGGAAAGCCGCCGAUAGCGAUGAUGAACAAUAAAAAUUUAAAUUAUUUCAGUUUCAAUUUCGUUUAGUUAGCUUUAAUUAACAUUUUUAUAAUGUGUAAUUUGCGAUUAAUUCAUAUCCUUUUUAUUUUGUACUUCACAUCCAUUUGUUUUUUGCUAAUAAACUCAUCAAUAACUUA